CAAGAGGGAGCGUGACGUGGCAGAGAGAGACCCGAAAAGCCCCAGCCUUUUUCAUUCACGCAACGUAGUCGAAUCCAUCUCCGCACUUCUUGGGUGUUAGCUUGUAUAAAUUGUCUUUCCCCACUUCAUUUUUAACUGGGUACGGCUAGAAGAUUGUAAUAAACGUGCCGAAGAGGAGGGCUGAACGAGAGGGAAGAACAAAGCGCACAUUACAUCCAAAAACGAAGUUAUAGAUAGACAGUUUAAUUUCAAGUAGCUAGUUAGCUCUAGCUAAAUUGAUUUGGCGACAAAGAUGGGCCUCACAAUUUCCAGUGUCUUAAGCCGUCUUUUUGGGAAGAAACAAAUGAGGAUCCUGAUGGUCGGUUUGGAUGCUGCAGGGAAGACCACUAUACUCUACAAACUGAAGCUUGGGGAAAUUGUUACGACAAUUCCCACCAUUGGGUUCAACGUGGAGACCGUAGAAUACAAGAAUAUCUGCUUCACAGUAUGGGACGUGGGUGGCCAGGACAAGAUCAGACCCCUUUGGAGGCAUUACUUCCAAAAUACUCAGGGUCUUAUCUUCGUGGUGGACAGCAAUGACCGCGAGCGCACACAGGAGGCCGCUGAGGAACUGCUGAAAAUGCUGCAGGAGGACGAGCUGAGGGAGGCUGUCCUGUUGGUGUUUGCCAACAAACAGGAUCUGCCCAAUGCCAUGGCUAUCAGCGAAAUGACUGACAAACUGGGCCUGCAGACGCUGAGGAACAGAACUUGGUACGUCCAGGCCACUUGUGCCACUCAGGGGACGGGCUUGUACGAGGGGCUGGACUGGCUGUCUGACCAGCUCUCCAAGCGCUAAGCCUGGACCGAAGACUGGAGGUGUUAAUUAACCAAGGACAUGUUCAACAGAGCUGAUCUGGAGGAAGGAAGGAAGAAAACUAGUUUGACAUUUAAACUGUUCCCAGUGCCCUAGUGCUGACUGCAUCGGACAGCACACCUUCCUCUCCCCUCCUCUCUCUCUCUCUCCCCUAUCCCCUCCCCUUUCUCUCUCCCACUCUACUUUUGUUUUGUUUUUUUACAGAUGCCUUUGUUGCCAGCAUUCACCGCCCAUUUCCUGAUGCACAUGUAGCAGUAUGCCACUGUGAAGGCAAAUCCCACAAAGUAUUUCAGAACUGGCCAAUAAUUAUUAGGGGAGGGUGGGCGGGUGUUAAAUCAGGGGUUCCAUUGGACUUGGCCUGGCAAAACAGUUUGUUUUGGCAAUUUACAGGGCAGAUGUGUGUGUGUGUGUAUAAGGACCAUAGUAGUACUUGGAAACUUUCACACUUCCACCCCCAGUUACUCUUUUGAAAGCAUUCAGAAUUGUUCUAAGGACAUUUAGCCUCCAUUCCUGUAGUCCACUUUUGCCAUUCCUAGCUCUGUAAGCAUGCUGGCAAUCCUGUCUCUGACUUUAGCUUUCUCUGUAAAUAUGAGGACAGUUUGUUUUUGUUUUGUCUGUAGUUGCAAUGGGCUGCUUUGAUCCUUCAAGAUUCAAGUGCCGUUUCUGCACUCUGCUGCAGAGAAAAGGCCUGGAAGAAGAAUCUGUGUCCCUAAUUUAACACCUCAUUGACACGAAAGAUUUCGUUUUGAAGAAGUAUGUAUUUUAAGUUACUAGAUUAGUUUCCAAGUUAAGCCACAACCCCAUUUUGAUACAGGUUUUUUCUUUAUCCGAUUUGAUUAAAAUCUUGUUUCAGCUUAAUCACCAUGUCUGCCACUGAAAUUGGAAGAUACAUUUGGGAUUUUAUUUCCCUGUGAUUUUGUAAUUUUUGGAUCAAAUAACUUUCCAAUAUGAGCUUUAUCAUAUUCCCAUUUACCAUUAUAAUUCCUAAUAAAAUUAUUGAAAACCCGU